AUGGCUACGGAUGAUGGAAAAGAGACGGCAACAGAAGGUCUCACUUACACUGUCAAAACGGUUGCGGUUAUUUUCAAGAUGACAAACGUUGUGUGUGAGUCGUAUAAUAAAACCUGGUUCGAAUUCCAUGACUGUCGCCUCAAGGCCGUAAGUCGAGACCGGAUUUUAUUUAAUAUGAACGGAACUAUUUGGCAUCCAGCUUUCAACAUUCAAACCCAUAUUAAACUUUAUAAAAGAGAAAAUGGGUAUAAACCUUGGCUCAUUGACACCAAAAUGGAAACUUGCCGUUUCUUCCGAACCAAUUAUGAUCCUAUUGGUAGAAUAGUCUUUGGUCUCUUUCAAGAAUUUAGCAAUAUUAACCAUACGUGUCCUUAUGUGGGUCCUCAGAUACUGAAGGGAUUUUAUUUGAAGCCUGAACUAUUGCAUCUACCAUUUCCGACUGGCCAAUAUUUGUUAGCACUAAGGUGGUUCUUUGAUAAAAAACUUCAAUUCGAUACCAACGUCAGUUUUUUGUUCGAAGAGGAUUUAAAAAAAUCCAUUUGA